AUGGCUUCCACUGGUCUACAAAUCCUGAGGAUCAUCCUAAUGCUGCUUGGCUGGGUGAAUGCUCUGCUUUCCUGUGCCCUGGCCCUAUGGAAAGUGACUGCCUUCAUCAGCAACAUCACUAUGGCAGCCCAGGUGGUGUGGGAGGAGCUGCAGAUGUCCUGCAUGGUGCAGAGCACAGGUCAGAUGCAGUGCAUGGUAUACGCCCCACUGCUCGUGCUGCCCCAGGACCAGCAGACUGCUCGUGAUCAUCCUCCUGUUGGCUCUGCUUGGUCUGUUGGUUACGUGGAAGACAAGGACUCCAAGGGCCAUUUGGUGAUUUUCUCUGAGAUCAUCUUUAUCAUCUCAGGGAUCCUGCCCAGAUCCCCAUCUGCUGCCAGCCCACACAACCAUGUAGGACUUCUACAACCCCCAGGUGGCCAAGGCCCAAAAGUAGGAGGUGGGGCCUUCUACCUGGGCUGA